AUGAAGAAGAAGAAGAAGAAGAAGAAGAUGAUGAAAAAGAUGGAAAAGAAGAUGAAGAAGAAGAUGAUGAUGAAGAAGAAGAAGAUGAUGAUGAAGAAGAAGAAGAAGAAGAAGAAGAUGAUGAAAAAGAUGGAAAAGAAGAUGAAGAAGAAGAUGAUGAUGAAGAAGAAGAAGAUGAUGAUGAAGAAGAAGAAGAAGAAGAAGAAGAUGAUGAAAAAGAUGGAAAAGAAGAUGAAGAAGAAGAUGAUGAUGAAGAAGAAGAAGAUGAAGAAAAAGAAGAAGAUGAUGAAGAAGAAGAAGAAGAAGAAGAAAGAAAAGAAGAAAUAUGUGUGGCCAAUGCAUUCAAAGAAAUCGGAUCCGGAGCGCCACACCUCUCUUACAAGCAUCGACACUCCUUUGCCUCGUCAGACUCCAUGCAAACUAAGCCCAACGAGUGCUUGGGCCGGCCAAAUAUUCGGCCGAAAUUUAGCAUUCGGUUUUGGUAAUUUUGAAAGCAACAUUUGCUUCAGAGUUUUCUUCAAAAUUUUUUGUGUUUUCGGUCUACUGGCCUUUGGCCCCGGGUUCGACCAAAUAGUCGAUUGA